AGGAGAAUGAACAACAGAUCAAUACCGUUGAGUUGCCUGCUACUCAUACUGAUUGCUGCCUCAGGCCUCGCUCGUGCCAAGAGCGUGACCCUCAACCUGCCUCUCCCGCCCACUCCUAACACGCCACGCCCACUCCCCUUGAAGAUCCAGAAGUUCAUCAGCGUCUCCGAGUCCCACUACGACCACGCCCACCACAAGCACCAUCAGGAGGAGGCGCCCGAGCCGCACUUUGCCCCCGUCAACGCCACCAGGAGAGUGUUCUUGGGAGCGACGGCGAAUUUGCAUUGCACAGUGCACGACCUUGGCAACGAAUCGGUGUCAUGGAUGCGCUGGGAUGGGGAUGAGUUGCGUCUGCUGACCUGGGAUGUGCACACCUACGCGGAUGAUGAGAGGUACGCCCUGGUCCACGAGACGGGCGACAGGUGGCAGAGGUGGCAGCUGGUGAUUCGUGACACCCAGGUGAAGGAUGGGGGCAAGUACAGGUGCCAAGUAGCGACAGUGCCACCGCUCGUUCUCGACAUCGUCCUCCAGGUUACGGAACCGAGAUGCCGGGUUGUGGACGAGCGCGGAGAGGACGUCUUGGAGAAACAUUACAACAGCGGCAGCAUGAUUGAGCUCAAGUGCAUCAUCGAUCAGGUGCCCUUCCCUCACCUGCCGGUCACCUGGCGUCGGGGGGCGGUCACCCUUGUCUUUAAUAACUCAAGAGGCGGGAUCAGUGUGAAGGGCGACUCAGACUCAGGAUACCUGGCCAGCCGUCUGUAUGUAGCAAAAGCAUCUCCCACGGACUCGGGUCGGUAUGCUUGUUGGUACGGGAACUACACCAGCGCCUCGGUCACCGUCCAUGUUAUAGCAGGGGAGAACUCAGCAGCGAUGCAACAUGACAGCCUCCCGGAAUCGAGCACAACAGGUGGAUCGAGUUCGCUGAGCCACGUUUCCUCCUUCUGGCUCCUGGCACUGCUGGCACUCUCCACGUCCUUCCUCCUCUCCUGCAACCCUCCCUCGCAGUGCCACAGUGCCAGGGCUACGGGUGGCAUGGAGAGCCAUCCUUUGUGUAGGAACCGCGUCUAUGUCUCCAGCAGAUAAUUUUCCGGACGAAAUCGACACGAGAACGAGCAGGUUUUAGCUUCACCAUUUAACGCUGCCAGGUGCCACGUCCUCUUAGAAAUGGCACUGUGGCACUUCCUCGCCGCUACUAAGCCCGGGCUGCCCAGAGAGAGGAAGCGUAACUCUGACCUCGCAUGAGUUACCGAGUCCAGUAUAUUUCCCAACCUCUCUGUUCGGAUAGUCCAAGUGCCAUUCUAAAGUCUUCUUUGUCUGUCUGUUUGUCUCUCUCUCUCUCUCUCUCUCUCUCUCUCUCUCUCUCUCUCUCUCUCUCUCUCU